GUUUUGCGAGCAGCGGUUGGCCGCACCGCAGGACAAACCAGUCGCCCAAGCACAUCAAUCUAGACACCCAACUUCACACCAAAAUUUCCCCAUGGCGCACGGCGAACCAGCGCAAGCCCUCCUCCACCACCUCCGGCGCUCCUCCUCCACCUCCACCUCGCUGCUCACACACCGGCCUCCCCACGUCGCCUUGCCGCCGCCACGGCGCGCGUCCGCUCCGGGACGCUCAGCCCUGAGGACGCACACAACCUGUUCGACGAAUUGCUGCUGCAGGCCACUCCAGUCCCGGAGCGCGCCCUCAACGCCUUUCUCGCCGCCCUAGCCCGCACGCCGCCCCCCGCCGCCUACAGCGACGGCCUCUCACUCGCCGUCGCCCUCUUCAGCCGCAUGUCCCGAGGCCAUGGCCCGCCUGUGCCGUCGCCCACAGUCCACACCUACGGCAUCCUGCUCGACUGCUGCUGCCGCGCGCGGCACCCAGACUUAGCGCUCGCCUUCUUCGGCCGCUUCCUCAGGGCGGGCCUCAAGGCGAACUGCCUUAUCGUCAACCCCCUCCUCAAGGUCCUCUGCCAGGCAAAGCGGACAGAUGAGGCUGCGGACGUGCUGCUUCACAGGAUGCCGCAUCUGGGCUGCAUGCCUAAUGCCAUCUUAUACAACACGGUUAUCAAGGGUUUAUGUGAUGAUAGCAGGAGCCAGCAUGCACUCAAGCUACUCCGGAUGAUGGCAAAACAAGAAGCUGGCUGCUCCCCUGACGUGGUGUCAUAUAACACGGUCAUCAAUGGAUUCUUAAAGGAGGGUAAAUUCAGCACGGCAAGCAACCUAUUCCAUGAAAUGGUGCAGCAGGGCGUUGUUCCUGAUGCCGUGACAUAUAGCUCGAUGAUUGAUGCAUUGUGCAAGCGUGGAAGAAGCAGAGAAGCUAGACAAAUUCUGGAUUGUGGGAUUCUCAAGGGCCUCAAACCUAAUAUCGUUGCAUACACUACCAUGCUGCAUGGGUAUGCUAAAGAAGGAUGCCUUGUUGAUAUGAAUAAUCUCUACAACUUGAUGAUAGGAGAAGGUAUUGUACCUGACCAAUAUGUUUUCAGCAUAUUGAUUCAUGCACAUGCUAAGUGUGGAUUGGUGGAUGAGGCCUUUCUUAUCUUUCAAGACAUACAAAAACAGGGAGUGAAACUGAAUGUUAUAACCUAUUCAGCCAUGAUAGAUGCGUUUUGCAGAAAGGGCAGGAUGAAUGAUGCUAUUCAACAAUUCAACCAGAUGAUUAAUAUGGGGGUACGGCCAGAUGUACAGAUUUUUGGGUGCCUGAUUCAGGGUUAUUGUACACAUGGUGAUUUAGUGAGAGCUAAAGAAUUGGUUCAUGAAAUGAAGGAAAAAGGCAUCAGUUAUCCUGGCAUUAUGUUCUUCAACUCAAUAAUAAAUAGCCUAUGCAAAGAAGGAAGGGUGACAGAUGCACAAGAUAUCUUUGACUUUAUGAUACAUAUAGGUGAGAAGCCCGAUGUUAUCACAUUCAAUUCACUGAUUGAUGGAUACUGCUUAGUUGGCAAUAUGCAGAAAGCAUCUAGAGUAUGUGAUGAUAUGGUAUCGGUGGGCAUUGAGCCUAAUGCAAUUACGUACGGUAUACUUAUUGAUGGGUACUUUAAAGCUGGAAUGGUGGAUGCUGCGUUGACUUUGCUCAAAGAAAUGUCAGGUGUGGCAGCUAAACCGGAUACUCUUACUCAUGCCAUCGUACUGGAUGGGUUGUUUAAGGAUGGUAGAACUGUUGCUGCAAAGGAAAUGUUCCAUGAGAUGAUCAAAAGUGGAGUGAGAUUUUCCAUUGGUACAUACAAUGUAAUUCUCGGCGGGCUUAGCAAAAAUGGUUGUGCAGAUGAAGCAGUCAUGCUGUUCGACAAGUUGCGAGCAAUGAACCUUAAAUUUGAUAUUAGAACUCUCACCAUUAUAAUUGAUGCUAUGUUUAAAGUUGGAAGAAUAGAGCAAGCUCAGAAUUUGUUUGCUGCAAUACCAGCCAAGGGAUUGGUACCUACCGUUAUAACGUACACUACGAUGAUGUCAAACCUUAUAGAAAAAGGAUUGGUAGAAGAAGCUGACAAUAUAUUUUCAUCAAUGGAGAGGAGUGGUUGUGCUCCCAACUCUCGUAUGCUAAAUAUUAUUACCAGAAAGUUAUUGAAAAAAGGUGAAAUAGUCAGGGCCAUCAAUUAUAUGUCCCGAGUUGAUGGGAAAAGCAUGUCGCUUGAAGCUUCAACUAUUUCUCUGUUGAUAUCUCUCUUUUCAAGGAAAGGGAUAUACCAUAAACACAAAGAUUUGCUCCCAGAAAGGUAUCAAUUUUUGGAAGGAGACAUCCGCAGUUGACAUGAUACAUUCUAUCUGAACUUAAACCCUCAAAAGGCACACUUUGAGAUUUUCCUUGCAAUGAGGCCUUUCUGCUGAUACAAGAAAUGCCUGUGAACCUCUUAGGAGCCGAGCUCCCGGUGCCCGUGACGCUGCAAGAGCGGCACCUGGUUUCACGGGCAAGUCAGCCUGGUUACCUGAGUACCUCGUACAGUAUCCAUGUUAGACUUACGCUUAUUUACUCGGAGUGGCUCACAGAAUUCACAAGACUGGGGAUGAGGUAACCACCCUAGUUAUGCACAUGCAGAAGUGAUGUCUUACAUGGAGGUAGGAGGCCAUCUUCGAUAGCCUGGCAUGAUUUGCCUCUAAACCUCAUUGGAGCUGAGCUCUCGGUGCCACCACGGCAAUCGAGAGCAGCACCCUGUUUCAUGGGCAAGUCAUCCUGGUUGUCUGGGUAUCUCUUACGAUAUUACCACGUCAGACCCUUUGUUUCACCCAUGUAGAUUUUCACAUGACCAGGAGAUGAGGUAAGCGCUCUACUUAUGUACAUGCAAAAUAAGAACAUCUCAGUGAUUAGGGUACUCGAGUAGAAAAAAAAAUGUGAUGCCACCAAGUGACUUAAUAGUUACAAACAAUGAGGAGCAGACCAGAAUAUGCAUAAAAAGAUUUCUUCAUUUCUGUCAGCCGCAGCGGUAUUUCUCUUCAGGCUGACAGUCAUUAGCAUUCCUUUAUGCCUUUAAGCAGUUUACCUCAUCACUGAUGCGAGUUUUAGAAUUAAUCCACUAUGGCAUGAUACAGUUUACAUCACAGUGCAUCUGCAGUUUCCUUUUGUUUUUCUUUCCUUUUCUGUUUUCCUGAGAUUCAGACUAUUCAGUGGACUUGCAGAUUUGCAAGCUUUACAUUUUUUAUUUUAUGAGCAUGUGCAAGAGGUGUGAGGCAUUGAAAAUAAUUAGAAGCAAAUAACAAGUGGUGCCUAAGUGAAUCCACCUUUUAUAGCCCACACAUAUAGUGUCACAAACUAAUCGAAAUUAUGUUGCAGAAAUUGAUCAGUAGGCAGAACAGAACUAUAAAUUAGGUUUAGUAGAAUACGCAUUCCUAAUAGGAAGAAAAAUAUGCAGAAACAGACAGGUGGACUUUGUGAUGAGUCAUAGUGUACCAGUCAAUGACCAGUUGAUGAUACAAAAUAAAUUAUAUAACAUAUUAUUCUAACGAUCAUUUUUAUAAACCUCGACUUUACAUUGUUUAUGUAAAGCAGCUUGGGUUUCAGGUUCUAAAUUAGCUCCCACUGCAGCAAGACUGCGGGAGAUUAACUAACUAUGCAUACUGAAAGACUAUAUUAGAGGAUUUAAAAUGUCAGAAUCAUUGAUAGCUGUCAAAGUUAACAAGAAACUCCGAGCUCCCUACAUGGUCUGUGCUCAUCAUGGAAAUGAUAGUGCGGAAAACCAAGUUGAAGAGAACAAAAUGUGAAAUUGGUAUCUUCUUGAUAUUAAUAUAUUCCCUUUAUCGAAAAAAAAAGCAACUCGCACAUCGGUAGAUAGCUGAAAAGUUUAGAUUAAUUUUGAGUGUCCAUUUCCUUGUGUGCUACUCCAGAUACGUUUCAGUAUACUCGUUAGGUGCUACUAGGUUUGGUCUAAAGAUUGACUCGUCAUGUGCACAGUUAGCUACUGCGAGCUGCUCAAGAUGCAUGAAUAGAGUGUGCCCAUGCCCUCUCCAUUGCAGAUUUCAGAUUAAAUAUUUUUGUGCAAAGACUCCAUGUAAUUUUGUAUGAACCAGGCAUGUCAAGAUUUGAAAUCAAUUAACUGAUUGUGGAGUAUUAUCAGUAGACAAUUAAUUGACAUGCUUGACCAUCGUCAGAGGAUUACCACAUGGUGGGUUCUCUUAGGCAGACAUUCAUAUGAUGAAUUGGAGGAACAUGAAGCAAAUGUUUAUGGCUAAAAGUCUCCUAGGUAACCUCAGUUUUCCCCAACCUGUAUGAUAGUGCUACUCUAGUUUUGUAGCAAUAAUACUACUGUGUCAAAUUUCAUUUCAUACAGGUUCCAGCUGUAGUGUUGAUUUCAAGUUAUGGAGUGGGUGUAGCAUUUGGUCUAUCCUGGUGUCAUGAUUGUCUUCCAACUAUUGCUCCAGCAUCUUCAAACAGAACCAGAAAAUAUGCAGUUGCAGAUAUCACUAAAGAGUGGAGUGCAGUUGAGGUCAAAGAUUGCUUGUGCUAUUCUUGCUGAUGGUUCUGCUCCAAGCGUACGAGUUAGACGGGCAGGCCACUAUCCGGUGUGGCGGCAGUCGUCCAUCGGGCAGCGGUAGCUCAACGCAAGGCCUGGUCGGCAGCGACGCCUCACCACGACAGUCUCAUCUCCAGUCGCGCAACUCGCAAGCCUCUCCACUGCUCGCGCAGCUUGUCUGAAGUUGCUAAUGACAAUUCUUUAGCAUCAGUAGUUGCUACUGCUUAAUUGUAUCAGUAUAACUUGUUAAGGAAUCCGUAACCUUGUGAACCAUUUGGAAUGCUCCCAUAAUCUUGCUCGGCUAAUACAUGAUCAGUCCUCACAAUCUCCAUCUGGCAGUAAUGAAUAUGGAUUAAGAGGAAGCCUCUACCACUGCCGUUGCUACAAGAUUAAGGUGUAGGAGAAAAAGAUGAAGAAGCAGUGUGACCCUGAUGAACCACGGGCAUGUGAUGCUGAUACAAUGGCGGCUUGAUGACUACACCAUACUGAUCUGAUUGAUGCUGCUGCUCUUUGUUUAGCUGCUGCUCUCUGUGCGAGGAGCACCUAGACGUCGAGGUGCUGGGUGAGAAGAACCUGGGCGCCGGUGGUCGACGAAGAGGCGAGGGCCACCUGGGCGAGGGGAUCUCGUCCUGCAGGAUCACCUAGGCGAGGAGCUUCCUGGGCAGGAGGAGAUCAUCCUCCAGGAUCACCUGGGCGAGGAGCUACAUGGGCCGGAGAUCUAGGAGCACUUGGGCGGCUGGAGAUCGUCCUCCAGGAGCACUUGGGCAGGAGCUGCCUAGGCCGGAGGUGUAGGGGGCAGAGGAGUAGCUGGGGACGGAGGAGGAGCUGCUGGGGCUGGAGGUGGUAUCGCCGGCGAGGGCGAGGGCGGAGGAGGCGGAGGGCGAUCGAGCCGUGUACCGAUUGAAAUCUGGGUGGGUACCGUUUCAGAUCUGGGAGGGUAGCAUCGUCUUUUUUCCCUGUUUCACCUGGUCGGAACCAAUCGUUAAACGUCUUAUAUUUCUGGACGGAGGGAGCACAUCAUUAGAUGGAUGAGACCUCUCCAGUGAUUUUUUUCACGCGGAUAACACCCCAUUUAGUCCGAGCGCUUCACCUGCAACUUGAGCCCAGGUGGGUUGACUCACAUCCUAAGCUCUAGCCGCCAAGCCAGCGCUUGGCUCUCGAAACUACUAUAUGUUGUUGGUUGCAUGCUCAAGAAGUUCAGUACA